AUGAUAUCAGAUAUUGGAAUUGUGGGCCAAUUUUUGGAAACAGAGAAAAGCAUAACUAACCUUGCACCCGAGGUGCUCGAAGACCUCAGGAAUCGUACAAAAGCAGCAGAUGUUUACAGUUAUGGUAUUGUAUUGUGGGAGAUGUGGUAUGGCGCCCAUGCGUUCAGAGAAUUUAUGCCUAUCGAAAAAGUCCAAUUCCGAGAAAAGCUGGUUGAAGGGUAUCGUCCAGAAAUGGAUAACAACAAAAUCAACAUACCAAAAAUACAUGGGGUCAUGGUGGCAAGCUGGGCUACUGAGGUUGAAAAGAGAUGGUCAAUGAAAGUGUGCUAUGAUGCAUUAUCGGAUGUGACAGAAUGGAGACUGGAAUGA